AAUUACACCCAGAUCAUAGAAUUCGUUUUUGAAGGCUUAAGGUAUCAUCUUUAGCUGCAAGUCUUCCUUUUCUUACCAUUUCUCCUUUUUUACCUCAUUACUAUGACAGAAAACUUGGGCAUGAUUGUUCACAUCUGGCUUGAUUCCCGCUUUCACGCACCUAUGUACUUUGUCCUCAGCUACCUGUCCUUUGUGGACAUCUGCUUCUCAUCCAUUGUGGGCCACAAGUUGCUCACUGAAUUCUUUGCUGAAAGGAAAGCCAUCUCUUUCUUGGGCUGUCCCUUGCAGCAGUGGUUCUUUGGGUUCUUCGUAGUCAUUGAGUGUCUUCUCUUGGCUUCCAUGGCCUAUGACAAUUAUGUGGCCAUCUGUAACUCAUUGUUGUACUCAAACAUGUUAUACUCAGUUGCUAUGUCCCAGAGGCUCUGCAUCCAGCUAGUGGUGGGUCCCUAUGUCAUUGGACUCAUGAACACCAUGACUCACACAACAAAUGCAUUGCAUCUCCCUUUUUGUGGACCUAAUGUCAUCAAUCAUUUCUUCUGUGAUAUGUCCCCCUUACUUUCCCUUGUAUGUGCUGAUACAAGGCUCAAUAAGUUGGCAGUUCUCAUCAUGGCUGGAGCUGUGGGAGUCUUCAGUGGUCUGACUAUCCUGAUCUCCUACAUUUACAUCCUCAUGGCCAUCCUGAGGAUCCGCUCUGCUGAUGGGAGGUACAAAACCUUUUCUACUUGCUCUUCUCACCUGACAGCUGUUUUCAUCCUGUAUGGUACCCUUUUCUUUAUUUAUGUAUGUCCUAGUGCAAGUUUCUGCCUGGAUCUCAAUAAAGUGGUGUCUGUGUUUUACACAGCAGUGAUUCCUAUGUUGAACCCACUUAUCUACAGCUUGAGAAACAAGGAAGUCAAAGAUGCCAUCCACAGGACUUUCACUCAGAGGAAGUUUUGCAAGGCCUAA